AUGGCAGCAGCCCCGGGAUCCUCUGCAAGGACCUUCACCCGUGAGGAGUUGGUGUCAAAGACAGUGACGCGUUUGAGGGAUGAGGGUGCCGACGUCACAGAGGAUGAGGUUGCUGCCAUUGUGAACCGCAUUGAGAACAGCGGUGGUCUCUAUGACAAGCAAGCGCUUCUUCGUGUGUGCACUGAAUCCUUGCAGCUUUGUGCUGAAAGAGAUCAGACUGGUAUGGUGUGCAGCCUGAGAUUGAACCAAGAGAACCUCAUGGACGUGCUGAAGAACUUGGCCGAGGAGAUGGAGAACUUGAAAUCCAAAGUGGAGGUUUCUUCAACGGUGCCUGAUCGAAAUCUCCAGCAGCUUGCGGAAUCUGUGCAGAGCUUGCGGAAGGAGCUUGUGGACAAAGUGGAUUACCUCACUGGGCAGGUGCAGGGUCUGGCCCACACGCCUGUCCAGGCUGAGAAGGAGAAAGAGCAUGCCAACGAGCUCAAACCGGCUCAGGCAGAAAAGGAGACGGCCGAAAAACAGUUGGAAGCAGCAAAGGCUGAGGCACCGUUGCCAGUAUUGCUGGGGCAGGCUGGGCAUGCUCCCUUCAAGGAUUUGUCAGAGCAGCAACCAACGGAGGUGCUCGUGCAGCCCAUGAUGCAGGUUUGCCUCGCCACGACUCCGAAACAGCAGCCGAAGAUUGGCAACGCAUCAACCCCUUCCUGUCAGAGGAGGCUAAUGAUGAGGGUGGUGUCAUUCGUCCCAGAAGCCCACGCUCCGAAGAUGAAGGUGCGGGAGGACAUCACCAUGGUUUUCGGCAAUGUUGACGUGAUCGCGUGCUACUCCUUCUGGCAGGGAGGUGACUUCAUCAAGAACGACAAUACGCCUGUUGCGCCUGAUGUGGUGAAGGCCAUGAGAACUUGCGUCAUUACAGGCAGCAAACUGACGCAGCCCAUCUCUCACAUGAUGGGAGCUGAGAAGCUGCGCUACACUGGCGAGUCCUCCGUGCAGGCUGAGCCCCUUGAGCCGAAGUUGGCAGAAGGGAAGGCGGUGGAAACUUCUGGAAAAGAAUUUUGUGAGGUGCAAAGAUUUAAUGCUCAAGAAGCUGCUGAGUGGAUCUCCAGCCGAUACCAGGCUGUUAUGGAGCAAUACGAAGCGCAGAAACUGACUGGAAAAUAUGACAUCCGUUUGGCAUCGGAUCUGUUGGAAGAGGUGCCAAAACCUGAUCGUACUGAGCGCGCUGCGAAGACAUACUUGUGCAAGCUCCACGUGAUGGGCCGAUGCCGCGAGGGACAGGAGUGCCCUCAUGCGCAUGGUAAAGAUGAGCUGGCCGAGUCUCUGCAGGGCCGUGCUUGCGGCCAUGGCCAACAUCCAGAGCACGCGUUGCAGCACAGACAGCUAGAGGAGCGACAGCUGAAGGAGCAACAAAGACGUUCCCGUGCGCUAGGCGUACUUCUUGGCAACACUGUUGCCUCGGACGCGCUGCCUGAGGCAAAAGCAUUGCAGUGCAUGGGCGGGGCGGUUGCUGCACCAGCCCCCAGUGCUGGGAUGGAGAUGCUGGGGCAACAUGCCACAGGACAAGUGAAGAGUUUCUUUGCCAAGCGCGGCUAUGGUUUCAUCAGCAUGACGCCGCCGGCCUCAGGAGAUAUCUUCUUUGCCAAGCGAGAUCUACCCAUAGCUAUCCAGGAACGCCUCCAAGUUAUAUGCGGGGCCCUGUUGCAGACUCCCUUCACCAUCUUGCCACCCCCUGGAGGAGACGAACCUUAUUGGUGUGAAAAUUGAAUUUGACAUCGGCAGCAGCAAUGAUGGUCGGACACAGGCCAAGAACCUUCUGUGCAUGGAUGGCGACAGCAGCAGCUUUGGUAUGGUUGGCCCUAAGGGCUCUGGAAAAGGUAAAAGGGACUUGGAGAGCCCAGCUUCGCUCCUCCCAACAGGUGAUGCCAGCGAUGGGUCUCGUCUCCUGGGGCAGAUCCGAGAUGUGAACCAGG